CUUCUUUCUCACCCUUCUUUUUUGUCCUUUUUUUCCUCGUCAACUUCUGUCCCUCCAAGAGUCGACGACCUUUCUCUCCUCCGCACAUACAGAACAGCCUCUAUUUUAGAAGCUUCACGGAAGAGAGAACGAGAAUUCAUUUCCACAGCUAUCUCUGCAUAUCUGCAUUGUGAAUUCUUGAAUCGUAAACGCCCCCAAAUUUAUCUCAACCUCUAAUUGGUCUCAGCAGGCUUGGCCUAGUCGCUCAUUCUAUCGUGUCAUCUUCAAUUCUUUCACUACCACCCCCUUUUCAAUUAUUUCGCACUCGCGACCCUAUUCACACUUUUAACCCAAAUUAAUCAAGUCAACAAUGGCGGACGAAAAGAGUCGUACAUCUGGCGAGGUCCCUCGGCCUGAGCCAAAGGGUCCUAUUUUGCCCACUACGAACCCUGAGGCUGACAAGCCCCAACCUCCUAAGCCGGCCGUUCAUCCGGCUCUCUACGUUGCAGUAUGGAUCACUCUGUCGUCAUCUGUCAUUCUAUUCAACAAAUGGAUUUUGGACACCCUCGAGUUCCGUUAUCCCGUUAUUCUCACCACCUACCAUCUGUCGUUUGCGACUGUCGCGACGCAAUUGAUGGCGCGUUACACCACCCUCCUUGACGGUCGCAAGUCUGUUAAGAUGACCGGUCGCGUCUACCUCCGUGCUAUCGUUCCUAUCGGUGUCUUCUUCAGCUUGAGUUUGAUCUGCGGUAACUUGACCUACCUUUACCUGAGUGUUGCUUUCAUCCAGAUGAUCAAGGCUACUACCCCUGUUGCUGUCCUACUUUCCAGUUGGGCUAUGGGUUUGGCACCCCCCAACCUAAAGCAGCUCGCGAACGUGUCCGCCAUUGUCGUCGGUGUCAUGAUUGCCUCGUUCGGUGAGAUCAAGUUCGUCUGGAUUGGUUUCCUCUACCAGUUGGGUGGUCUCAUGUUCGAGGCUAUCCGUCUUAACUUGGUCCAGGCCCUUCUCAGCUCUGCCGAGUACAAGAUGGACCCUCUCGUGUCCCUGUACUACUUUGCUCCUAUUUGCGCUGCUAUGAACGGUGUUGUUGCGCUUGCCUGGGAAGUCCCUAAGGUAUCCAUGGCUGAAGUGUACCAUGUUGGUUUCUUCACCUUCUUCCUGAACGGUCUCUGCGCCCUCCUGCUUAACGUCUCUGUGGUUUUCCUGAUUGGCAAGACUUCUGCUGUCAUCAUGACCCUCUGCGGUGUCCUCAAGGACGUUAUGCUUGUUGUUGCCUCUAUGCUUAUCUGGGGUACUCCCGUCUCGGGUCUCCAGGCCUUUGGCUACACCAUUGCCCUUGGUGGUAUGGUCUACUACAAGCUUGGAUUCGACGCCCUUCGAGGAUAUGCUGGUGAGGCCGGCCGACAAUGGGCUGAAUUCGGUGCCGCUCGUCCUGCUCUUCGCAAGAUCGUUGUCGUUGCCGCAGCCGUACUAUUCGUCUUUGUCCUAUUCGGUGGCUUAGCACCUACUUACGCUCCCGACUACGACCCGUCGCAAUACCUCUCCAGCGCCGCUGGCAAGUUUGGCGUCUCCUCAUAGGCGAAGAUGUGACAAGACCAAACCUCCCUUUUCACCAUACGCAUUUGUAAUAUUCUGGGUGGAUGGGGGAUAAACUUAGGCUUUAUAGAGCUAAGCAUGAUGACGGGUAAACGCUACGUGAUGACCUAGUACGCGUUCUCCCUGAAUUUUCGAGUACAUACUUGCACAUUUUCCAAUUCAUCUUCGCCGGGGGUGGUAGUAAUUGGAGAGACAUUUUUCUUUGUGGCUGUGGACACUGAAUGAGAAAGGUAGCCACACGGUUUUUUAUUUUUUGUACGGCUAUAGAGAGCAGACAAGGCGUCAAUUGCAAAGGGCCGGAUUGCAUCUGUUCGUAUCACGAUAGGGCUAAUUCAUGUAGCUUAGAAAGGUCACAGGGGAAACUAAGACCUGAAUGAAAAUGAGACUAAAAUUUGAACAUCA